UCAUAUACACGAGUUCAAAACUUGUAAACAAAGAACUCAAAACCCUAGCUUCGCACAAAUUCCCUCCGCUCUUCAAAGUUUCUCUGUUCUGUACUUUUCUUCCUUGCUGAAGAAUCAGUCGUUGAGUGUCCACCUCUAAGAUAGGGUACGUAUCAAUUUAAGCCAUCUUCGAGCUAUUCAUUAGAAGAGUGAGGAAUCGAAAAUGAGUGGAACAGGAGAGAAAGGAUCAGCAACCACCAAGACUCCAGCAGAUUUUCUCAAGUCUAUUCGUGGACGACCUGUUGUUGUUAAAUUGAACUCAGGUGUUGACUAUCGAGGUAUCCUAGCCUGCUUAGAUGGAUACAUGAAUAUAGCAAUGGAACAAACAGAAGAAUAUGUAAAUGGGCAAUUGAAGAACAAAUAUGGUGAUGCCUUCAUACGGGGAAAUAAUGUGCUUUACAUCAGCACAUCCAAGAGGACGCUGGGAGAGGGAGCUUAGCAUCGUGCUUACGAGUGAUAUCCUGGCAGUUUUAAUUAUGUAACUGGCCUUUCACGACUUGUUUAUGAAUUUUCUCUGAAUGUUGUAAUUUGUGUAGGUUUUGGUAGACCAUGGAUGCUAUCUUGAUUGCUGUUUCUUUACUGAGUCAAUGCCAUUUUUCCCAUUGCCAAGAUGAAGAAAUAGCAACUUUUCAUGGUGGAUCUGUAUUUGGGUUAACAGUUUCAUUCUGACUUUAUUUGACUAAUAGAUGCAUAUAUAAUUUACUCGCCUUUGAUUCA